AAAUUUUACGAUGGAGAGAGAGAGAUACCCUUUCUUGAGAGUCAUCCAUUAGAGAAUAGAGAUAGAUAGAUACAUCAUAUUAGAUGUACUACUUCUACUACUACUAGCUAGCUAGCUUCUAGUUAUCUUCCUUAGCUUAGCCCCCACUUCAAAAUCAUCCUUCACAAAGAAACACCACCACUUUAAUUUUCUUAUAAUGGAAACUGGCCAUCAUCAUCAUGAUAAUAUUGGAAAUUCCAUCCAAAGGCCAAAUUUCCCCUUACAAUUGUUAGAAAAAAGAGAUCAAGAUCAUACAACAAUAUGUUCAUCAAAUUCAACACUACUUCAUCAUCCUUAUAAUAAUUCCACUUCUUUACACAUGAUGACAACCUCUAGUAGUGAUGCAACUUGUGUUGAUCAUGACCAAAAAUUAAAAAAUCAAGAAGAACCAAACAAGAAACAAUUAGCCAAAAAAUCCACCACAACAAAAGAUAGACACACUAAGGUUGAUGGUCGUGGUCGAAGAAUUCGUAUGCCAGCAACAUGUGCAGCUAGGGUUUUUCAACUCACCAGAGAAUUAGGUCACAAAUCUGAUGGUGAAACUAUUGAAUGGCUCUUACAACAAGCUGAACCUGCUGUUAUUGCUGCCACUGGUACUGGUACUAUUCCAGCUAAUUAUUCAUCACUUAAUAUUUCUUUAAGAAGUUCUAGACACCAUAGUGCUAGUAAUUACCUAGCACAUAAUAAUUUCGGUCAUGUUCAUCAUGAUCGAAAUUAUUUUAAUGGAGUUGGUUUAUUUUCGUCCGAAAAUUCAUUUUUCCCUAGUGGGAAUUUGAACAUGUUACAAGCGAAGGAGGAAUUAUGCGAUGACGAUGAUGAUAAUAAUGAUAAUAUUGGACGAAAGAGAAGGUCAGAAGAUCAAGACUUACUGCAAAAUAAUUACCAUACGGGUAAUAUGUUACAAUCUAGUACUUAUGGGUCAAUUCCAGCAAGUCAUCAAGUUGGGCAAAUUCCAGCAACAACGUUAUAUAUGAUGACAAAUAAUAGUAGUACUACUACUAAUAAUUCUAGUAAUCAUGACCCUAAUAAUUGUUCUAUGUGGGCAUCUCCUAGUAAUAAUAAUAUUAUUGAAAACUCAAAUAUUAGAGGAGGGUUAUUGAAUUUUAUGAAUUUUCAUCAACCGAUUUUGGGGACACGUGGCGGUGGCGGCGGGACGGCGGUGGAAGGGCAAUGGGGGAUGUUGACGGCGGCGAUGAACUCGUAUAGGCAAAGUGGUGGUCACGCUAGUGGUUCUUCUAAUCAGCAUAAUGGAGAAGAUGAUCACCACCAUCAUUCUUGAAAUGUAUGUAUUCUUAUUCGAUUCUGUUAACGCAAGAUGUUUUAUCCAUUAGAUUCUUUUUUAUAUAUAAUUUUUUUCUAUUUGUAAUGUCUUGGUACUUGUAUGGGGAAGUUAAAAUACAAUAGUUAUGUAGUAAUUGUUACUAGUAGAUUGUAUUAAUAAUAGGACAAAUACAUUUAUUGUAUAUUGAGAGCAUGCGACAUUUUCUUUUAAUGGGAUUUCUUAAGAAAUAUUGUAGGGUUUGGUGAGAAUUCUGUAAAGAAUCUUGUUUUUUACUCA